GGCUGCCGUCACGUCCAUCCGUGUGUUUUGAAUCCCGUGAAGACCCCCGACGACUCCCCCGGCCCCCAGCGCCCCUUCCUGCUCAGCCCGGUCGCCAAGGCGACGCCUCUCCGCUCGGACGACGUCUGCAUCCGAGCAUCUGCUAACCCCUCUGAACAUGUGCGCGAGACGGAAAGCGCUUGCGUGUGUGAGAGAGAAAGUGUGCGACUUUUGUGAGUGUUGAUAUGUGUGCGCAAGACGAAGAGUGUGUGUAGUUGUGUGCGUGCACACGCAAGAGUGUGUAUGACGUUUUUAAUGUGUGUGUGUGUGUUUCCAUCUGUGUGUAUGUUGUGUGUGUGUGGUACCCACACACACACACACACACACAUACUCAGUCCAGUUUGUCAAUGGAACGGUGCCAUACAUAAAAAAAAAAAAAAAGCGUGUUUACAUUCAUGUGCGGAAGACGAAGAUGGAGGAGGCUGCACAGGGAGGGGAGGGGCUGUUUUGGUGCAGAGGUGCUGCAAGAAGAUCUCCGCAACACACACACUUCCUGUUCAUCAUGUUUUCUUCCAUCGCCACGACAACCUCCGCCGGUAGGAGGGCGCCACGCUAAAUUCGUCAGUCAAGGAAUGAAGAUGAGGAAAUGCGACUGCUUUGACCCGCGUCACGUUCGGUGUGCGGCCACGGGUUUCCAGCAGAGCGCAGAAAUUUGAGAAAUCAAUGAAAGAAUCCGGAAGCGCGUGUGCAGCGUGGAACACCAAUGGAGCCGAAACACACGCGCACACGCAAUAUGGCGCACUGUGAGGAACAAGGAUUUUUUUCUGGCUAACCGCCGAGUCCUUCCCUGCUACGUUGGUACGACCUGGCACUCCGCUAAACCUGCGCAACUCCAAAUCAGUACUUGCCUCGAUGCUUUCAAAAAGAGAAAACCGAAUUCCGCUACACGCGACAAGCUUUCCGCCGGCCUCAACUCCCGAAAAACUGUCCGGCUGGCCUCGUCCCCCCCGUCCUACCUGAGGUGGCUCUGCGUAGAGGGAAGGUCAUCCUGCGCCCGUUGGAGCUCCGGAGCGUCUGCGCUUUUGGCGUUCGGCCACGUCCCGUCGGCGGCCGAAAGGGGAGGAAAUCGCGGAAGUUGCGAGCGCUCGAUUCUCUCCGGGGGGGGGCUUGGGAUCCAUUAGGCCGGCCCGGGAGAUCGUUAGAGGACAUUACGGGCCAUUAAGACCUCAUCAAUCUUUCAUCUCCACCACCCCCGAUCGGCCCGGGACGCUUCCCAAAUCUCCCCGCCCGGACGCCGACCUGGGCCGCGCCUCUCCAGGGAAUCGAACCUGCGGGUCUUUUGCUCGGCAGCUGCCUUUUGAGCCGACGUGUCGACAACCCGUCCUUUCGCGUCGCGACCGGGUUUGUGCUUCCCCCAAGGAUUAGACAGAGCCCAAAAUGCUCUCAAAGUGUAUGUGUAAAUGUUGUUGCCUGUAUGCAUCCCAUAAUAGCACACAUUAUGCCCGCUCGGGCCGAUGUCCGUCCGUCCGUUCCGCUGCUACGCGACUCCGUGUCGAGACGCAAACGGCCGCUGCAGUGCGGGCCUGCCCGUCGGAAAAAGCGCCGAAGGGAGGAACAGGAAGUUGCCGACGAGCAGAUGUGCUCGCUCAGCAAACAUUUUGACACUCGCAAAGUUUUUGUCGUCGGAAGCAUACGCGCAACUGUAGUCUACGUCAUAAAUGUCAGUGACAAAUUUCAUGCGUCACCAAUUAUGGCCAUAUAUCAUUAAUUGUAAUAUAAUCUUGCGUAGUUAUGAAGAUUCAAUGGUGGGAUCACAUGGAACAGGUUAUGGUUGUGUGUAAUAAUCUGGCAAGACGCUUCCGCCACUUUGAGGACGUCCGCAAGCAGGACGCCGACGUGUAAAUCCUGUAAAAUCGUCACGCACGCUUCCCCCACUCGUGCUCGAGGGCGCCACUCGCAGGUGUCCCGGUAGAACCCGGCGGCCUGUAGCGUCGACGUAGCCUCUCCGGAACCGCAAAGAACGAAAGAAGAAGCGGCGUCGCUCACGAUCACGUGCGGCCACGUUUGGUCGGGAAAGAGCAAACAGAAGUCGGAAAAGUUUUCCGCGGGGACGUCGAGCCCAUCGAAAGGUUUUCGCUGCGGACGCUGACCCGAGUUUGCGCACGCGCUGAGCAAAUAUUGCGCGCGUGCAUCUGUGCUUGUACUUUGGAUUUGAGCAGAGCGCAAGCAAGAUGGCGUCCGGGCGUUUGGUGCUGCUGCUGAUGCUGAUGUCGUUCGGACUCCGGGACGCCGACGUCGUCGAGGGCGACCCGGGCGGCGUGUGGCUGCCGCGCCGAGAGGCGUCCGAAGUCCUGAGGCGCCAACGCCGCUACAACGCCAACCCGUUCGAGGAGUUGAAGGCGGGAAACCUGGAGCGAGAAUGCCGGGAGGAAUCGUGCAGCUUUGAGGAGGCCCGCGAGAUCUUUGAGGACGACGGCAAAACCAUGGAAUUCUGGGCAGGAUACGUCGACGGCGACCAGUGCAAGCCGGACCUGUGCCAGAACGGAGGCGUCUGCCACGACGGCGUCAAUUCGUACUCGUGCUGGUGCAAUGCGAGCUUCACCGGGAAAAACUGCGAGAUCGAGGUCACCAAGCAGUGUUCGAUCGGCAACGGGGGGUGUUCUCACUUCUGCAAGAUGAAGUCAAACUCUGUCCGCUGCCACUGCGCGCACGGGUACAAGCUGGCGGCCGACCAGAGGACGUGCGAGGCCACAGGCGAGUUUAGCUGCGGCGUGACGGCCGACCGGUCGGCCCAAGCGCCGCGCUCAUCCAACCGGACCGACGGCGGAGACUCCGACCACGACGACGACGUCAUCCCGGACGAGUGGUUGGACUACGAGUACGGGGACGAGGCGGAGGCCGGCGCAAACGCGAGUUCCCCCGUCGGGAGGCGCUCGGCGAGGGCGUCCCGGUCCUACUUUUUCCCGACCAUUCCCACCAUCGUGGCGCAGGAACACAACGACCUGAGGAUCGUGGGCGGCUACGAGGCCAAACCGGGAGAAGUCCCCUGGCAGGCGGCGCUCAUCUCCCACUCGGCCGACAAGAAGAAGGCGGAGCCCUUCUGCGGGGGGUCCCUGCUCAGCGACGUCUGGGUCCUGACGGCGGCGCACUGCGUCGUCGAGGCCCGGAUGAUGGGGGUCACCUUCUUCGUGCGCCUGGGCGAGCACGACGUGCAGGCGGACGAGGGUUCCGAGCGUGACCACGAGGUGGCGGAAGAACUGGUUCACAAGUCGUACAAGUUCCAGAAGUCGCGCUUCAACCACGACGUGGCGCUGCUCAAGCUGGCCGUCCCGGUGGAGCUGUCGGAGCGGCGCCGGCCCGUCUGCCUGGGACCCAAAGCCUUCACGGAGAACCUCCUGGAGAGGGCGGCCAACUCGGCCGUGAGCGGCUGGGGGCGGGUCCGGGACAAGGGGCUGCAGUCGACCAAGCUGCGCAAGCUGGACGUCCCCUUCGUGGACCGCAGCAGGUGCAAGGUCAGCAGCGAGCAGCGCAUCACCACCUUCAUGUUCUGCGCCGGCUUCCGGAACCGCAAGGAGGACGCGUGCCAGGGCGACAGCGGGGGGCCCCACGUCACCCGCCACCGGGACACCUGGUUCCUCACCGGCAUCAUCAGCUGGGGCGAGGGCUGCGCCCAGCCCGGGAAGUACGGCGUGUACACGCGCAUCUCGCGAUACUACGCCUGGAUCACCAACACCACCGGGAUCAAGACUGACUCGUGAGCACCGGACACUUCCUCUUCUGUCAGUAGUCACUUCCUGUCCGUCUUCGAUCAGUAACCGCCGCCGGGACGCUAUUUUCCUUGGCGUGCGUAACUAGCUAACCUGAAGUCUAAGCCGAAACCUGGAGGUGGUACACGUGUAAAAAUGUUGCUAGUUCCUGAAACCCGACAUACUAACGAUCUAAUCCGAACCUUUCCCCUACAACGAAUCCCAUUUAUACGCAGGCUUUUUCAUCACAUCGCUAGCUUGGAAAUGUCCUUUUUUUUGGUCCGAUUGUACUUGCCGUAGCGAGCUAUCAAACAUGGCGAGCCUGUUGCGUGUGCACAAGCGAUUCCUCUUCUUCCUUGAGCAGCCACUUCCUGUUUUUCUCCAUCUUUGAGCGACCGCUUUUCGUUCUUUUUCUCAACGUCAGUCGCGAAACGUUUAGGAUAAAAACACGCAAAUGUUUCAGUUCACAAUCGUUUGUGUGCUUUUAUUGUGAAGGUCCCGACAGGAUCAAGUCAAUGAAAAUCCGUUUGAUGUGAAAACGGGGCCGACCCCGAAAUAAAACAAAACGACAACCCAAGCUUCGAAAAUGACAACAAAGUGCUAAUGGGCGCUGACCCCGCCCCUUUCCAUAAUCUCCAGCUGCUCUUAAUGUCUUUUUUUUUUUGCCCAGGCGCCCCCUGCUGGCCGUCACGUGUAAGGCACUUCUGAUGCUCUUCCGUGGCAAUCUUUGACUUUAUUGCCUUCGCUUUUGCUGCCCGCUAACACUUUUUUAUAGAACGAUACCCGUUACGAGUAUUCACGCUUGUGUACUCACUGAUACAGAGUAUCGAUAUCAUGAGUACUUUUGAUACACAAAAUUUCAAUCGACACGUUGGAAGAUAAUUACGAACUUCGUGACACCCGCGAUUCGCCGACGUGUCCUAGUGUACCGCCGACAACCGCCGAGGACUUUUUGUCUUAUCGACGGUUGGUUGCCUUUGUGAGUACCUGAAACCUUGAAAAAAGGUCCCGUCGUUUCAAUACCGAAAACUGGACAUGCCGACAACACGUACAAAAAAAGCAAGAGGACAUGUUUGUGCAAGUGCUACGCUAACGUUCUACGCUAACUUUUAGUUUCAAAGCUGAUCAAUUUGGCACGUGACUGAUUAACGUCGGCGAUGACGUCCCGAUGCGUUUC